AACACAAACUCUUCAUCCCCACCUUUACCUCGGUUAGCUUGUUUGGGCAGCUUCGCGAGAAACACGAUCAUAGUAGCACUAUGAUUUACCUAGGAUGUUUCCGCCACACCUAAUGCCUAGACUCUUCGGAGCCGACCGUGAGCUGCCAGGGCACUUUCGGCCGGGUGGCUGUGGCGAGUCAGGGUCCCCAGAAGCGGGCGAUCGUGGGACACGAGUGGUGGAACCGAUAUCCUACUCCAUAAGCGAGCUUCUAUCGUUGGAGGAACCACUUCAAGCUACCCCAUACACCAGGAGCUCGAAACGCGGUGCGGCCUACAUCGAUGUAGACCGCGGAGCCCGGCUGUCUCGAUCUAGCAAGACUGUGCGACCCUGACCAUGGCUACCCCCGGAACACUUUUUCGUGAGUAUUUAUAGGCUAGUGUCGUGCGCUGCGAAUGUGCGAUUUGAGCCUUCGACUUCGAUAGCUGAAGAGCUUCUCGAUCUCUUCUCAAUAUCAAAGAGGGUUGUUCGCUCUUGAGAUGCAAUAACACACCGGAAUGGUCCUUUUGGAUCCAAGACUGUAUAAUCCUUGUUCGACUUCUCUUCCGCAAAUGGCGUCGAAUACCGCAAGACUCUCGUAUCGGCGCGCGGAGAAUGACAAGGAUGACCUCGUUCAUAGUGAGCGUCCAGAUCUCGCCAGAGUUGGGCAUGACACGCAAGCAGCGGGAGAAAUCGAAGUAACCGACUCGAUACUAUCGGCUCUCACGCAACUUGGCGCUUUUCGAUUAGGAUGUGAUCACGCGUUUACCGCAACCUCCGAAGGCGAUGUCUUUCGUGUCAUUGCAGAAGCGACGCCGCAGUCUCUCGCAGCUGAUAACCAACGCUCGGAUCCCUCUAGCCUCAUAAACACCGUCACUUUGGGCUUAGAUGGUUCGAGAUUCCAGGAUCUUGAUGCGUCUUUUUGUGAUGACCAUUGCAUCGUUAGGGACAUGAGGGAAGAAGAUUUUGGUCUUCGGAAAACACCACUGUUAGAGCGAUCGCAGGCUCGAUUCUACGCAGAGGUUCCACUCCAUGACUGUUCUGGGAGAUUGAUUGGCACAUAUGGUGUCGUUGACGCAAAACCUCACACUUCAUUUUCAAGUCAUGACCUAGCCGCUUUACACGAGGUUGCCAAGAGUAUCGUAGAACACCUGGAUGCUGUUGUGACGCGGCGGAAAAACGCUCACUCGAAGCGGCAGCUUGAAGCAUUGAUUGCGAUGUCUCGAGGACAGAAUGGACUUCAAGCAACGGAUCGAGAACCCCGAAAGAGCUCCAGCAGAUCAAAAUGCGUAUCUCCACACUCGCCAGCUCCCGAUAUUGAAAGAUUGAAUCUUUCAGGUACAGAAGAACAAUCCAUCACCGCGAGUCCGAACGACAAGGCCGGCGCCUCAGUUUCGCACAAUCCUCCCACGAAAGGGCAAGAAUAUGAAGGUCACCACCGACAUGCCAGGAAAUCCUCUGGGAAAUUGAAGAAUAGGGUGGCCGUGCCGGAAGAACGUCCGAUCCUUCCCAAUGUUGCCUCAGUCUAUGCAAAUGCAGCCUCACUCUUGCAAGCCGGCAUGGACUUUGAUGGCGCCAUAUUUGUAGAUGCUCCGCGUCUUAGCUCUCGACUGAACUCUAGAAGGUCGUCCUGCUCUAGCUUCUCUGAGGUAGAAGAGAAUGAGAAACUUACCGCCUCUAAUCGCCACCCGUCCGCGAAAUUGUGCGACGCCCUGGGCUCUGCGUUUUCCGAGCGGUAUUCUGUGAAAAACCAUAACAUGCCGAGCACUACAAUAAACGAGGGCCUGGUGCACGACUUGUUCUCGGCGUUUCCUGAUGGUCAAGUCAUCAAUGCAAUUCCAGACAUCAGCUCCACUGAGCGAAUCAAUCAGGCUAUGACGAGCGGGCUCUCUGCGGCAAUCCCGGAAGCAUCUUCACUCAUAUUCCUCCCAAUAUGGAGUCACGAUAAGUCUAAAUGGCUAGCUGCAAUGAUCGCCUGGAGCUGCAAUCCCCAAGGUUCAUUGGAAGACGACGACCUAUUUUACUGUAAAGCAUUUGGCGACGUGAUUGGCUCAGAAAUCGCUCAGAUCGAUCAUACCGCAGUCGACAGGUCAAAGUCUGAUCUUCUCAAAUCUAUAAGCCAUGAACUACGGUCGCCUCUUCACGGAAUGCUCGCCAACUCAGAAUUAUUGCAGUCUACUGAUCUUGACGCUGCUCAGAGGGAUAUGGUUAAGAUGGUUGAAACAUGUGGAGAGACCCUUCUAGAUACUAUGAACUGCCUGCUUGACUUCGCCAAGAUUAAUAAUCUUACGCAUACGCACAAAGGCUCUAUCAAUACGUCCGCCCAUCUUAACAGCUUGACUACAGAAUUCGAUCUUGGCGCCCUGGUGGAAGAUGUGGCCGAUUCUGUGUACGCCGGUCACCAAAGACUGGCUGACGCAUCAGCUAGAUCUGGCUGCCGCUCGCCAGAAGCAAGGGAAUUAAGCGAACGCGGAGUGGGAUACGACAAGAAGUCAAAAGAUCUCUCUGUCGUUGUCCGAGUUGAAGAGCAUACCGACUGGGAGAUCCGCUCGAUUUCCGGUGCUUGGAGACGAAUACUCAUGAACGUCUUUGGGAAUGCUCUCAAGUUCACUCGUUCUGGGCUGAUUGAGGUCGCCUUGGACCAGUUACAACAAAAGCACCAUGGCCGUAUGUCCAGUUUUGCACAUCUCACCAUUACAGACACUGGAUGCGGAAUUUCCCAAGAGUAUCUCGACAGCAAGCUUUUCACCCCAUUUUCGCAGGAGUCCGUACUUACUGACGGAACUGGGUUGGGCAUGAGCAUCACACAACAGCUAGUGGAAUACUUGGGUGGUCAUAUUCUGGUCAAGAGUGAGUCAGGAGCUGGGACACAGAUUGACAUUUACGUUCCUGUUGACUUUGUUGAGAAAAGCCCACUCACCGACGGUGCCGACAAGGAAGCCAAUCUGGAAACCAAGACACCUCGCAGUGUUUGUCUGAUUGGCCUGGAUCCCGAUGUCGCCUCCCACGAUACUACCCAGCGUCUAAGCUGUGACACAAAGCGCAAAAACGCCAUUCAAACCGCGAUCAGCAGCCUUGUCUUACGUCAACCGGGCUGGAAGAUCUCAUUUGCUGAUUCACUGGACACGUCUUCUGGAGAUAUAGUUGUGAUGGAGCAAUCGAGAUUCAGGUCCAUCGCUACACUUGAAACUCGCACGUGUAACGUUCGUUCCGCCGUUGUUCUUGCAGAUAAUGGGAAGUCGCCCCCCCAACCUCUUGGAAUCGCCGGAGUAGAGGUUCUCUACAUCCCACAACCCAUCGGACCGCGAAAAGUCAUCCAGGCCCUUCAAAGCAUCGCAGAAUCACUGCCGAUCGCCAACCCUCAUGCUGGCAAUCCGGUUCAAAGUCUCACGCCGCCCAUGCCGGCCCGGAACCCGCCAUUAUCGAAGGCCUUCGAUAAGCCCGAGGGUCUGGAUUCACCGCCAGCGAUAAGGCAGAGCGCUUCGGACUAUACACAUUUACCGGCCGAUGGGCUGCUAAAGAGGCUUCAUGUUUUGAUUGUUGAUGAUAACGACAUAAACCUCAAAGUCCUAUCCACCUUUAUGCGGAAGAUCGGCUGUACAUUUGAAACCGCAUCCGACGGCCUAUCGGCAUUGCAACAAUAUAAGCAGUCUGACGGGAAAUUCGACUACAUUUUGAUGGAUAUAUCCAUGCCGGUAAUGGACGGAAUUACAUCAUCCAGCAAGAUCCGAGAAUACGAAGAGGAGCAUGAACUCCCUCGAUCUGCAAUCAUGGCAGUGACCGGCGUAGCCUCUAGCGAAACGCAAGAGCAGGCCUUUGCCGCCGGUAUAGACGAUUAUUUGGUGAAGCCACUUUCGCUUCAUGACUUGAAGCGAAUCAUGAGCGUACCUUGAAUACCUGAGAUACCCUCUUAACACUCUUUAUGAACCAUCAAAUUUUAGCUGAAUAGAUUUUAGAUGCUAGCUUAUGCAUGAUAAAAGUUUCAGUUCCGACAAGCCUGUCUGAUCGACGGGCCCAGGCCACGGAACUACUCCAUCCUGCUGAAAAAAUCUCCCGCCAUGACAAAUGAAACGGAGCUUCCAGGGAGUGAAUCCUUGAUAGGGCUGUCACAGGUGACAGAAGCUUCCUCCAGUGGAUCUAACCGUCUUUCUCAACCAAUAGUCAGCUCUGCCGUGCCAUCCGAACAGGCUACCAGGAACCAGAUUUCCGACACCGAGCCGGAUAUACGGCUGUACGGCUUUACGGACAUCUGCCUCUCUACAGGGCGUGUUUUGUGAUGAUUCACGGGAAAUAGGGGAGUCAAUAUAUAGGAAAU